AUGUCUGGAUCUCUCGAUUUAGCGCCCACGGACGCCGUCCUAACUCUCAUCACAAAAUCAUUUACUACUAUUCCCACAACCACCAACCCUUCAGCAUCUCAAUCCACACUCCGUCUUAGUGACGACUCCACCGUCACGGGUACCAAUACUAUUGCCACCCACCUCUCUUCUACAAUCUUCUCAGCAGACAAAUAUGAAUACUCUGCUCUUGAGCUAGCAUUGAUCGAUCAAUGGCUUUCCCUCACCGGUCAUGGAAGUCUGAACGAUGAUGUUGUCAACCAGCUCAAUGUGCACUUGAAGGACAAGACUAGCAUUUUGGGCACCAAACCUUCGAUUGCUGAUAUCGUGGCCUACGUACGACUCAAGGACCUGGCCAAGAACUGGAGUGCAGAGGAGAGAACAGGUGGUGUUGAUGGUGGAAAACGUUACAUUCUUAGAUGGCUAGAUUGGGUUCAGAAUAGCCCUGUUGUUGGGUUGAAACUUGAAGAGACUGAGAAGUUGGUUGUUGAUACUGAAGAGGUCGGAACUGUUGUUAGAGGCGAGGAACCAGUUGAUGAGAAGAAAGCUGCUAAGAAGGCGAAGGGCAAAGACAAGGAAGCUACCGGAGAUGCUGCUGCUGGAAAGGGUGCGGUUGAGAAGGCUAAGGAUGCAGUUCAAGCCGUAGCUGAGAAGAUAGGAGUUGUCGGGAAGGACGAAGGUAGUACAUCUGCUGCUGGUGGGAAGAAGGAGAAACAAAAGAAAGAAAAAUCGGCAAGAGCGCCGGCGAAGAAAGAGGAGCCGGCUGGACCGUCACCAAUUAACAUCGACCUUCGAGUUGGUUUCAUCGAGAAAUGUGUUCCUCACCCAGACGCAGACUCUCUAUACGUCUCGACUAUUCACUGUGGUGACUCUGAGCCCCGCACGGUCUGCUCCGGCUUAAGAAAACAUAUCCCACUCGAGGAAAUGCAGGAGAGAUACGUUGUUGUCGUCGCCAAUCUCAAACCCGUCAAGAUGAGAGGUAUCAUGUCACAGGCCAUGGUUCUCGCAGCAAGCCCGGCACUAAAGGAGGGAGAAACCGACGACCAUAAGGGUCCUAUUGAACUCGUUGCACCUCCUGCUGGGGCAAAGGCUGGAGAGAAAGUCUUCUUCGAAGGAUACCAUGGAACACCAGAGGCGGUUUUGAACCCCAAGAAGAAGAUUUGGGAAGCCAUUCAGCCAGGAUUUACAACAACCGAGGGAUUGGAAGUUGCAUUUGAUGCCGCAGCUACAGCUGGUGCAGUUGCACCUGCGGGUGGAGAAGGCGUAAAGAAGCUGGUCACUGAGAGUGGAGGCGUUUGCACAGUCAAGACUCUAGUCGGCGCUGCCGUCAAAUAA